GGACUCUCCAGCGAUGUUCCUGGGCUGGACCACCAGCGAGGAGCUGCUCAGCGUCCAAGAGAACGGGAUCGUCCUUCUCCACAGCCUGUUCGGCGAAUUCAAGAAGAAAGUCACCAUGACCAACGACGUGAUGCAGGAACGUGUGCUGGAGGCCAGGGUCUUCUACACGAUAUACGGCACCGGCUUGGCUAUCCUGUCCGCCCUUCAACACCGCUUCAGCCUGGCCAACAACAUCUAUGACAUGAAACUACGGAAGCUUCCCGUCGUGCCAG